AUGUCGGCUGCUCUGAGCCGCUUCAUCCGGAUCCCAGAGCUCUUAACUGCUCUGGUCGACUUUCUUGGACCCCAAGAACUUGCUCGACUCAUGCUAACCUGUCGCUACGUCAAGGCUAUCUGCGAACCAGUCCUCUACCAUCACCUGGACCUCACUUUCCACCCCGGACGCACCAACCUGCUCCUGACACCCAAAGCCAAGGGUGCGUUGAUGAAAAACAUUUCCUCGGUCCACUCCCUUACUUUCGGUCGCAAGGAGCUUCCUUACCUUUUCAACGCCCUCUUUGUCUUCUACCCUCCUGCUCGUACUCUUUCUCGAGGCUACUCGCCGCUCCUGCAAGCCUUGUCUGUGCAAAUGACCAGUCUCACCCGACUGGAAGUCUGUCUCCGGGGCCGCACCCUUGACGGCAAUCCAGAUCCCUUCCCACUCCCGCCCACCCCAAACGACCCCCGAGGCAGACUUCGUAGGCUUUUCCGAAUCAUUGACGCAAGCCCGUCGCUCCAGGAGCUUGACGUCGAGGGACUCCCCAUCAUUUCCGGUAUAGACUUUCUGGAAUGGCAGCGAACUAUUGGGAAGUUGUCGGAACUGCGCUCGUUGUAUGUCUCGAUCCUCAUCUGGAGCUCAAAGGUCUCGAAGAGAUGGCUGCGAGAAUGGUCGAAUCUUUUGGCGGUGUGCCCACCCUCCAUCCGUGAGUUCGAAGUGUAUCGAGUCUAUUUCAGGUCCCCUGGUCACGAGGACGACUUUGAUCAUUAUCAGCGCUCCUGGGACGACGACCAUGAUGAUGCAGGAGUGAUGAUGACAGUCGCGAAAAAGAUCCUCCCAGGUCGCUUCGAUGACCUCACGCGGCUCGACAUACAUCGAGACCCCAACGAUGAGUCCACCACCACCACCGACCUCUGGCAAAUCCUCGAGGGCUGUCCCAAUGUCGAUUCUUUGCAGCUCUCAGGUUUUCGCUCCGGGAUGGGAGGCUUUGAUCUGGCAAGCGUCAUCAUGACCGGUUGCCCGAGCCUGAAGAGACUUAUGUAUGACGCGACCUCAAGCCCCGUAGACAGCAAUGUCCCCUUCAGGCUCAUGUCGAUCAUGCAGAACGACAACCAGAUCGAGGAGUUGGUUCUUGAUGCGCUGUCGCUCAACGAGUCCUUUCUGCCGGUUGCAAGGAUGGGUCUCCAGAAGCACGCGGAAUCUCUCCGCGUCAUCCGUCUUAGCAACUGCUUCGACAACCAACCGAGUCGCCACAUUGCCCUGAUUCUUACCGAAUGCGGUAGUCUCGAAGAGUUCGACGUUCUCCCCACCGAAGACUAUAUUGAAUCUUGUAUUGAUCUCAUCGACGCCGUCGCUAUCAGGCCAUGGGCGUGUACCAAGAUCCGUCGCCUUCUGCUUGGUGUUGCGAUUCCGGUGUUGCCAGGUUAUCCCUCUCAUGUGGCUCCGCCGGUUGGAAUACCGUUCUACAAAAGAUCGCCCCCUGUUCAUCUCACGGACACUGAGGCGAAGCACCUCGGACUUUUGGAACGACUCUAUCAACAAAUUGGAGCUCUAAAGGAGUUGAGGGUGCUUGACCUACGAGUGUGUGUGGCGACGGGCCCUCCUCCGAGACUGAGCUCAAGAAAAUGGAAUCUCGGCCGCGACUCAUUCCCUGCGCUCCUGAAUCUGGAGAACACUGACACAGGAAGGCCCGGCUACCUCUCGCUGCUAGGUGGACUGACCUUCUUGGAGGAGCUGCGAGGUUCUGUCUGCUUGACGACUCCUGAGUGCAAGGUCACGGUAGGCUUUCCAGAGGCCAGAUGGAUGAAUGGGAACUGGCCCAACUUGCGCGUCGCUGGAUUCUUUCUGAAGGGUGACAAGCCGAAUAAGCCAUUCGUGUGGUUAACCAAGCAGCCUAGGAAGGCCAAGCUGGAGCUGACUGCUACUGGUCUAGCACAUUCGUGA